AUGAAAGCAGCAUUGGAAGAAUAUAACCAAAACCAAGGAGGAAAGGGGUCACAUCAACACUAUGCCAAUCAGGCAGCAACCAUGCCACCUCUCAAGUCACCAGACUACAAGAUGGAUCCGACCAAUAGUGCAAAUAGAAGAAGAGGUGCUACCAUUAUAGGAGGUACUAGACCCGACUAUUUGAACAGUGGUGGUGGUGCCAGUGACCAUGGGGGUGAUUACGUAAACGAUCAUCCAGCCACAAGAGAAGACGAAAGUUAUACCUCGCUCAAGAUGAAAUAUCUAACCUCGUUGAAUAUCACCAUUGCCACGCCGCAAAAGGACCAACAAGUGUCUGCCUCUGCACCCAUCCCCAUUCCCAUACCAUUCUCUAAAAUUGACGAUUCAGACGACGAGUCUGACAUUGAUCCACACAAUGACGAUGGUGAUGACGAUACUUUUUACAAGGGAGCCAGUGUGGCCAACAUCAAAGGAAAUGGAUUGGUUGGCAUGUCUCUCAACCACCACCAUCACGACGCCGGUUCAUUCAUGGUUGGCACACCUCUACAAUCAUCUACUUUUGCACCUCCACCUGUUGCCACCAACAAUAACAAUGGUGAACCCGUCAGAAAGGAUUCAAGAUCGAAAAAGUUACACAAGUUUAUCCCUCCUCACGAGCUUUUGGGAAAAGAAACUGAAGAUGAUACAAUUAAUCAUUCUUUGCCUGGUAAUAAUAGAAGAAAGGUUUUUGGUCAAUAA